AACAUUUAAGAUGAAGGCAUAAUGGCUCAUUUAAAACGCCUAUGGGGACACCGCAGCUACACGAAUGAGAUGGUCUUUUCCGUAAUGGCGCUGGUAGCGUGUUCCAAGCUGGGGUGCAAGCGUGGUUUAUACGCGUUUUAGAGUAAACGAAAUUAAUUAGGAAGGUGUCUGUUGUCAUUUCAGAUUAAGUUACCUGCGAGUCAGAAGAUACAUCCACUUCUACCGUAGUUGCAUCUCUCUGGAAUAAUUACAGAACUUCAGCAAAGGCAUGCCUCACAAGAAGAAGAAGCCUUUCAUUGAGAAGAAGAAAGCAGUGACCUUUCAUCUGGUGCACAGGAGCCAGCGUGACCCCCUUGCCGCGGAUGAGAAGGCACCCCAACAUGUGCUGUUACCUGCCUGCAAGGCAGAUGCAGAGAAGAGGAAGGAGGAGCAGAGGGAGUAUGGGGUGUUUUUUGAUGACGAUUAUGACUACCUGCAGCACCUCAAAGAGCCCUCCGCCUCCACAGAGCUGGUCUCCUCCAGCAGACCGCACACAGACGGGCGGCUGCUCGUCACUGAAGGCGGCCCCGUGCAAGAGGAGGUCGAAACCAUCCCUGCCGUUUCCAUCAACCUGCCUUCCUCUGUGUUUGCCUCGGAGUUCGAGGAGGAGGUGGGACUGCUCAAUAAAGCGGCACCAGUUACAGGCCCUCGGCUGGACAUGGAUCCUGACAUCGUGGCGGCUCUUGACGAGGACUUCAACUUUGACGAUCCGGAUAACAUCCUGGAGGACGACUUUGUCCUGAAGGCGAACCAGCCUGGGGGGGACGCCGACUUGGGUGGCUCUGGCGACGACGAUGACGACUGGGAAGACGCAGAUGAGGGUGAGAGCGGUGAAGAGGAGGACUACAGUUCGGACGAUCUCCUCUCAGAUGACGAAUGUCCGCCGUUGGAGAGCAGAGCCGAGGGUGUGAAGGAGUUCCUGUUCAUGAAAGAGGAGACCAGGAGUCGCUUCACGGAGUACUCCAUCACGUCAUCCGUCAUGAGGAGGAACGAGCAGUUGACGCUUCUGGACGACAGGUUUGAAAAAUUUUAUGAGCAGUUCGACGACGAUGAGAUCGGGGCUCUGGACAAUGCAGAGCUGGAAGGGUUUAUAGACCCCAGCAGCAUGCGACUGGAGGAAGUGAUUAAGGACUACUACAGACAGAAGGAGAAAGAAUGCCAGAAGCCGGACGAUCUGGGUCCCAAGGAGCUGCCAGUGAUGAAUGAGGACAGCGAGGAGGAGCAGGAGGAGAUGGAGACUGUGGUGGUGGAAGAGCCCAGGGAGAAGUGGGACUGCGAGUCCAUAUUGAGUACCUACUCUAACUUGUAUAACCACCCAAAACUCAUAGAGGAUCCACCAAAGCCAAAGCCCAUCAAGGUGUCCAGCAAGACUGGCGUGCCUCUGGACGUUCUUCCUCAAAGGGGUCUCACUGCUAAGCAGGCUGAGCGCAUGCAGAUGAUCACGGACAGCGACCUGCCCAGAGUCGGCAUGCAGCCGCGGCCCAGGGAAGAGUCCAGGGAGGAGAGAAAGGCCAGGAAACAGGCGAUAAAGGAGGAACGGAAAGAAAGGAGGACAGAGAAGAAAGCAAACAAAAUGGCUUUUAAACAAGAAAAAGCCAGGCAGGAAAAAGAACUGUUGAAUCUCAGAGCGAACGUGCAGGGCCUCAAACUCUCUUGAGCAGCAGGACUGAGGGAGCUCAUGUCAGACUUCACAGGGGGAAGCAGACGGUGCUCAAGACCGGUUUAGACAUCGGUGAUUUUAAUGGUCAGACUGCGAGUAUCCAAAGAGCUUUACCUCAGCUGUAAUGCCUGUAUUUUUUUCAGAUAAACACUUCAUGUAUGCAGUAGCAGCUCCCGGUUCUUUAUGCUGUUAAUUAAGAAAAUACCAGUUUCUUCAGGGAGCUGCGCUUUGUGUCAAUAGCGUUCAAUUCUCCAGGGCCACACGUACUUGGCAGGCUUUCUGUCCUCAUUGGAUCAGUUACUAACUGAUUUAACGACUUUAGUGACUGAAAUAACACAUUUUGAAGGUUUGCAGACAUAGAUUCAGUGAACAGACCAAGAGAAUGGUGCAUUUUUCAGUGGUUGUAGCUGUUGAGAAGUGAGGUUGAGGUGAAUUUAAGAUGAAUUUAAGAAUUUCAGAUUCUUGCUGAAAGUUCUGCGGAUCAGAUGAAGCUUUAAAUUUGAGCAUUUCCACCUCUUCGAUCAUGUAUGAAGACAUUGCCUAUUUGUAAAAGGUAACUUCCUGGAACUCCUGUUAAGAAGAUUACAAAUAUAUAUAUAUAUCUUGAGUUAUUUCUCUGCAGAUUAUCUGAGUGAGUCAGCAAAAUUCAAAAAAGCUUUGGAUGUAGUUAUUUUUCCAGAGUAAUACAUUUAUUGUUCUAUUCAGGUUUGAGUCAUCCCUUUUGGGAACAUUCUAUUUAUUUGCAGUUUGUGAAAAAUGUAUUAUAUUAGGUCUCUGGGGCAAAACAUUCAAUUACUGAUUUUUUUUACGUGGUUUAAAUUGAUGUUCUUGACUGUUUGACUUCAAGGUUAUUAAAUGUGCACAACUCACAGAAGUGCAACAUACAGUAUUUCUGAGCAAAACUGUCAGAUAAUAUAUACGAUUCUGAAUAAACAUUUCCAGAGCCCUUGGAAAAUAUGGUAAACACCAAUUCAUUUUAAUCAUAAAUCUAUAUUAUAUUUCAGUCACUGCAUCAUAAGAAAGAAAUUACAUGAAGUGUUUAUUAAAGGUCCCUAACUUAUUGGGCAUCUUUACACUUCAUCAAUUAAUUUCGAAAUACUGGCAGUGCUUGUUCAGACAAAGCAAGAUCACAGGGAACAUAGUCCACAUUCUCUGCAGUGAAAACAUUUGAUCGUCCCAGAAGUGGCUUCAUGUUUAAUAAGUUCUCGAUAUUGUACAUUUGCCUUUCUUCUUUGGCUCACUGCAGUUGGUUAUAUUCUCUGAGCCAUGUUCAUGUGUCAAUAUCGGGGACAAGCCAGCUUGGAAGCUUUGUCAAGCCUUUGAGAAUUGUCAUACUUUCAUCAGCAAGUGACUGUCCCGAAUUCUGUCUGCUUGAGGUGGAUGUCCAAGCUUGUUUGGACAGAUUUGCAGAUGUAUUUUGCAAGUACUAGUUUCUUUAGCCUUUGUGUGAAAUCGGUAAAAACAGAUAUGCCAGUUGUCUCCCCCUAAAGCUGUUUCACAGUUUUUUUUAUA